AUUUUGACAGUUAAGAAAAGUUUGUUUAUUUCAAUUAAUGUAUUAAAGAAAAAUUAUUUAAUUGAAUUUGUGUUGUUUUAGAUCUACCAACAUAUGUAGUUCCUAAUUGUGACUUUAGUCAAUACUGUUAAAUUUCAUUUCAUUCCUAAAUUAAUCCCGGAUCGUAUCUCCUCCAUUCUACACGACAUUGGCAGAAUAUACUGUGCACGUCUUUGGAUCACGGACUCACGGAUGAAGGCCUUAUUAUAUUAAACAAAAGGAAUAACUAUUAGUUAUGUCUCAACAGCUAGAAUUACUAACGGAGUCCUCGUCACAAUGGAUUUCGGUUUCGUAUAUAACACCAGAAAUACAAAUGAAAGAAAUCAAACCGUUUGUCGCUUUGGCCGUCAAAGAACUUGAAGGAAAACCUGACAGUCGGAUAUCAAACCUCAUGAAUGUCAACAAGUUUGCCGCAGUGAGGGCCGUAGUCAGGCAUGUUUCUCGUCACAGAUCAGCGAUCAAAGGACCCUGGAAUAAAAGUGACCUGCAGGCAUUCCUCGAGAGUUUGAGAUUUUCUGCCGACUGUGCUCAUGAACUGUCAUCACUAUUGUGUUCCGAUUUAAUAUAUGAGAACAUGCCCAAACACCUCACAGUCAAACCGAGCAUUGUGAGUCUCAAAUGGAAAAUAGAUGUGUCUUUGAGUCAAUCAAACAUAUCCUCGGAGGAUGCGGACAGGGAACAAGCGAAGAGAAUCAUGUACAGAGAUACAAAAGUCAUAUUGCUGUUUAAACUGACAGACGGACAAACACACACAUGUAGACUGAGUGUGAGCAAGUUCCACGAGCUGAGAUAUGUUAUAGCCAGCGCUCUGAAAUAUAUGAUUGUAUUGGAGAAACGGAAAUGUAUGAGGGGCUUAUAACGUAUAAUAUAUAUAUAUAUAUAUAUACAUAUAUAUAUACAUAU